AUGGUGCCUAUUCAACUGCGUGACUUGCUCACGACGAAUCACAAAUACGUCGCUUCGAAGGUCCUGGUGUCGGAGCUCUCGGGACAGGCCAGGGAACUGCAAAUCCUGCGGCACCUCAAUGAAGCCGCGCCGGCGGAGAGCGCCCAACACAUCACCCAACUUCUAGACACCUUCGAGCUCGAUGGCCCAAAUGGAACGCAUGAAUGUCUCGUCUUCGAGCCAAUGGGCCCAAGUGUCAACUCCAUGGUGGAAGAACUACCCCAGUUCAACCCUCGCUAUCGCGACAUGAAGGUCCAGUAUCCGCCUCAGAUGGCAAGGAGCAUUCUCAAGCAAUCACUGCAGGGCCUGGCACUCCUUCAUGAGAAUGGGAUCGCUCAUGGGGACUUUCAGCCGGGAAACAUGCUCUUCACGUUCGAAAAUAUUGAUGCGACCCCGGAAGAAGAACUUCAACAAAUUGAAGAUGAGAGCAGCUACUCCACUUCUCCGCCUGUAAAGAGGCUGGAUGGUAAGCCAGACAAAUGGGCGCCCAGAUAUUUGAGUAUUGCGCAACCGCUGGCGGCGUUCACGCGCUACAGUGAGGGUUUCAAGAUCAAGCUGUCUGAUAUGGGUGGGGCGUAUUUCUUCACUGAUCCGCCUGCGAAGCCUGUGACGCCGAAGGGCCUCCGGGCUCCUGAGCUGGUUCUCACCGGAGCUUACAACAAAAGCCUUGAUAUCUGGAGCUUUGGCUGUCUCAUGUUCGAGCUUAUUACAGGGGAACAGCUCUUCUCUAUUUUCUGGACCGACUUUGAAGAUGAUCUCCAUCUGCUCCAGCUCACUGCUUCCCUCGGUCCCCUUCCUGACGAUCUUUACGAACAAUGGAAGACGUCGUCGCGAUACUUUACCCCUGAGAGGAAGCUUUUCAACUGCGAGCUUGGAGGGGUUGCAGAGGGCGAGGAACCGUGGAUGAUGGAGGAGGAGCAGCCGUCAAUGGAGGAGGCUUUCGACAAGGCGGCACCAGAACUCGACGAGGAAGAAGCCAGCGUUGUCAAGAAGCUGAUUCGACGAAUUUUGCAGUAUGAUGUGUCGAAAAGACCCUCACCUGCAGAACUUCUGUCCGAUCCCUGGUUUGCUGGGAUUGACAUUAAUGGGGGGUCCAAAGAGUAACUGCAUCGCUAAGCUGUUCUGUUUUAGCCGUCUUUUUCACUUUUGGCUCGUCAGAUUGCAUCCUUAUCCAUAGAUCAG